AUGAAUAUUCAUAUGCGGAAACAACGCCUCCGCAUGUUUGACGAUGGUUUAGAGCAGGCGAGAUCCAUCAAGGCCGACUCUGAAGAGUCCCAAUCAUUAAAGCCACUUGCGAACAGUGCCAGCAGUCUUGUUUUACUAUUUGAACAAGUCAAAGAGAACGGCAGGAAGGACGCGUGGAUUGGCUUGUGUCAAGACCUAUUGUCUCAAAUAUCUGACAUACACAAGGAUCUACUGGAAUGCGGAUCAAUGCCCGGGGAUCUGACGGCGCUCCUAGAAGCGUUUGGUCAAUAUGAAAGUUUACUGGAGAAUGCUCUGGAGGGAGCGAGAGAUGCAUGGAGUUCGGAGGAAUUGAGGUUGGUGGACCGGGACGCAGAUAGGAGGUGGAAGGACGUCAUGAGGGAAGUCUCUAUACUCCUUCACAGGAACACCCUCAAUGAAAGUGGCUAA